AUGAAGUCAGCUAUUAGCCUGAGCUUGCUGGGAAGCGCGCUCGCACUAUCGAACGAGAAACUCGGCUUUGUUGCGCAACAGCCUCUCAUACAAGACGCAUGCCCAUCAAAUCACCUGCUCGACAACGGCAAAUGCCUACCGUUAGCAUACGGCAACUCGCCAGCAUCAGUAGCAUUCCAGUCCAACACCACCGACCCCUCGCAUCACACAAACUCCCUAGAAGACGCCCGCACGUUAGCUUCCCAAACAGAAAACUUCCCCUGGACAUUCUGGCCAGAAUGUUUCACCAACGAAAAAGUCGCAGAGCCCUACUGCGUCUUCAGCAAACAAGACUUCGCAUCGGGGAGAGGCAUCUUCAUCGUCACCGCACGUACCUUCGCCUACGCCAUGCUGCAACACGACGCAUUCAAGCGCCCAGAAACGCUCGAGCGCAUCAACCGUUACGAGAACCCACCAUUCUACCAGCAUGAAUUUCCUGGAAAAGGAAGAGGCCUGGUCGCCAACAAGACCCUUCAGCGAGGCGACGAGAUUUUCGCUUCUACGCCUAUCCUCAUCACAGACCCCGAUCUAUACGACCUACCCGAAUCCGAGCGCCUUGCGCUGCUGCAUCGCGGUAUUGACACGCUUCCAAAGUCAACACAGUCUUUGUUCUGGGAGCUCAUGGGCCACACGCCCGACGCCGACGCGAUAGAUGAUCGCAUCACGACUAAUAACUUCGAAGUCGCCAUCGAUGGCAUUGCGCAAUCCGCGCUUUUCCCUGAAAUCGCCAUGCUGAACCACGACUGCCGACCAAAUGCCGCGUAUUUCUUCGAUGAAAAGACGCUGACGCACUACGUCCACGCCAUCCGACCCAUCUACCCCGGCGAGGAAAUCACAAUAACAUACAUCAACAACGAGCUACCGCGCGCACGGCGCAUGCGCGGGCUGGAAAAGAACUGGGGCUUCAAGUGUUCUUGCUCCACAUGCACUGCCCAUGCUUCUUUGGUGACAGAAUCGGAUUCGAGGCUGGAACAGAUUGCGGCUAUCCAGCAGGACGUUCUCAGUGACUGGACGGAAUCUUCUGCCGCCACACCAGCAACGGCAGAGCUUCUCAUCAGCUUGUACCAGCAAGAGCGUCUCGAUGCUAGUCUCGCAACGGCGUAUCAGCAUGCCGCGGAGACAUGUAGUAGUUUUGGGAUGAAGUGGGAGGCGGUGCGGUAUGCACGGUUGAGUGUAGAGAUGAGCAUGCUAGACAAAGGCUGGAACGACAAGGAUACCGCGGUGAUGCAGAAAAUGGUUGCCGACCCGGCAAUGACAUGGAGUUGGAAGAAGAGGGUCGCAGCAAAGAGCGGAUGUAGCUGUGGAAAUUCUCAUUGA